AUGGCCUCGAACAGCAAAGAUGGAAGUGUCGCGACCGCCAAGCCUGUUGAUGUGCUGAAACAGAAGGCCGGUGCUCAUCAUUGCCUCGGAAAUGUGCACGCUAACCUCCCAGUCAACAAGGUCAUUCCUGCUUGUUUCCUCAAACCCCUCUUGUUUUUCAGGUUACUGUUCAUCCCCUGGUGCUUCUCAGUGUUGUUGAUCACUUCAACCGAGUGUCCAAAACUCAAAGCGUGAAGCGUGUUGUCGGAGUGCUUCUCGGAUCCAUAAAGAAAGACAAAACGCUAGACAUUGGAAACAGUUUUGCAGGUUAUUUAUUUCGAAUUUUUGAAAUUAGUACGAAUACUUCAAAUUGAAGAAUGAAAAGUGUCAAUCACACAUCGUUUUACAAUUCUUCCGAAUUCUGAAAGACUUUCGUUUGUAGUAAUUACAACGUUUUCAGUUCCAUUCGACGAGGAGGACAAAGACAAAAACACUUGGUUCCUCGAUAUGGACUAUCUUGAGAGCAUGUACGGAAUGUUCUACAAGGUUUGUUCAUUCCGAUGUUCUAAUAGCUGUUUCUCUGUGCUUGAAGAUAGCGAAUGCAAACAGUUCUAAUAGUCAUACCCGAACAAAAUGAAAUUUCCAGGUUGCCGCCAAGGAGAAGAUUGUCGGAUGGUACCACACCGGCCCGAAACUGCACAAGGUAUGUAAGGAGUCUACGCGACAGCGGCGAGGGCGCACUCUGCAGCGUCGUGGUAGCGCGCGCUAUGCCUGCGUCUCUCGAUGCCGGUUCGAACCCGCCAUCGGGUUUGUGAUGACCAUUUACGGAUCACUGGGCUCUGAAUAACCAUGAACCGAUAAUAUCCGUUCUGAUACCCGUUUUGCAUUGUUUUAACAUAAUAGCGCAUCAAACUGCUCAGAAGCUUUCACCAAAUCUUUCAGAAUGACAUCGCCAUUAAUGAGCAACUGAAGAGAUUCUGCCCCAAUCCGGUGCUCGUCAUUAUUGACGCUGAGCCGAAAGAUAUUGGUCUGCCGACCGAGGCUUACAUUGAAGUUCAGGAGGUCCACGAUGUGAGAAAAGGAUUCAAAGUUGAAGAUGAAUUAUUUUGUUUUUUUUUUCAGGAUGGAACCCCGCCAAUAAAAACUUUCGAGCAUGUUCCAUCGGAUAUUGGAGCCGAGGAGGCUGAAGAAGUCGGAGUGGAGCACCUUCUGAGAGACAUCAAGGACCAGACAGCCGGAACUCUUUCCCAGCGCAUCACCGAUCAGCUGAUGGGUCUUCGUGGUUUGCAGUCGCAGCUCGCUUCCAUUGAAAGAUAUCUGAACGAUAUCGCUCGUGGAAAUCUUCCAAUCAACCACCACGUCGUCUAUUACGUACAGGAAGUGCUCAAUCUGCUCCCGGAUGUCACUAAUCCGGACUACGUGAUCUCGCAAAACGUGCAAACUAACGAUCAGCUCAUGUGCGUUUACAUGGGAUCGCUGGUCCGAUCCGUUGUAGCUUUGCACAAUUUGAUCGAUAACAAGGUUGGAAUUACGGGAGUCUGCCUACUUUUCAUCAAUAUUCUUUCAGAUUGCACUUCAGAAGGCCGAGAAGGAACAGGAAAGUGGUGAAGCCGAAAAGAAGAAGGAAGAGAAAGACAAGAAGGAGAAGAAGGACGACAAGAAAGAGAAGGACUUCAAGGCAUCGGCCCCGAGCACCCCGAAAAAGAAGUGA